UGGAAGCCCCGCCCCCUGCGCUGCUGCUGCUGCUGAGCGGACUCGGUGCGGUGAGUGGAGUCGAGCCGAGCGCGAGGAGCCGUUUCACCACCACAGCGUUACACCUGGAUGAAUUCAGCGGGUCUGAAGCUGGAGGGAGGCUCGGUGUGAAGAGAGGAGAAGGAGGAGGACGAGAGAUAAACCACCGCCAGUUCAGCAGCUCCCACUGGGCACAAUGAAGCUGUGGGUUUGUGUGGUGGCUGUGCUCUGGUCGCUGCAGUCUGCACAUGCGGGGACGGAGAAUUCUGGACCAUGUGAAGGGCGUGACUGUAGUGCGGGAGGAUGUCCCUGUCUCCCAAUAAAAGGCAGCAGGGGUCGCCCUGGAGCCUUGGGGUCGGCGGGGCCCAGUGGUCCUGAGGGCUUCAUUGGGGGUCCAGGACCUAUGGGGCCUAAAGGAGAAAAAGGCCAUGCUGGACGGUCAGGGGCAACUGGACAAAAGGGGGAUAAGGGUCCUCCAGGUGUUCCUGGAUUUCCGGCUAAUAAUGGCGUUCCUGGUCACCCAGGCCAGGAAGGACCACGGGGACUUCCAGGUGCGGACGGCUGUAACGGAACACGCGGUGACCCCGGCUUUCAAGGAGGUUUCCCAGGCCUACCUGGAAGACCUGGAGCUCCAGGGUUACCUGGUUUUAAAGGGCAGAAAGGAGAACCCGUGUAUAUUCCUUUAGGAAUUACGGGUCCACCUGGUCCACCUGGUCCUUCAGGUCAAGUUGGUCCCAUUGGUCCUGUUGGUUACCCCGGCCCUCCUGGUCCUCCGGGUCCUCCUGGGCCAACAGGAAGCUCAGGUGUGGGUUAUAAAGGAGAAACAGGAGAGAAGGGUGAUGCAGGUCCACCAGGACUCAGGGGCCCUCCGUCCGCUCUGUUAGGCUCGCCAGCUAUAAGCACUAUCAACAAAGGAGAGAAGGGAGACGUCGGGGCGCCCGGAGACCCAGGACAGACUCCAGUCAAUGGACUUGUGGAGUUUGUUGGAUAUCCAAAAGGAGACAAAGGAGCUAAGGGUGACAUUGGCUUUGCUGGAGAACCUGGAAUCCAAGGAAGACCUGGACCACCAGGCCCAUUUGGUUUCCCGGGAGAAUAUGGUGAGAAAGGAAUUCCUGGACUGCCAGGACAACGAGGUGCUCCAGGUCUAAAUGGACCACGUGGUGAAGAUGGAUUAAGAGGAUAUCCUGGUGAUUCUGGCUUUCCUGGACAAUUUGGCUUUCCAGGUCCUAAAGGCUACCGGGGAGAACAAGGACCACCAGGGCCACCUGCCUAUAGCAGUGGACCAGGAACAUUUGUGCAAGGUCCCACAGGUGAUCCUGGUUAUGAUGGGUUUCCUGGUGCUGAUGGAGAUGUGGGUCUAGCAGGGCUUCCUGGAGAACCUGGCGCCCCUGGAUCUGACCUUCCAGGCUCUCCAGGUCUCCCUGGGUUGCCUGGUACUCCUGGGAAUAAGGGAGAAAAAGGAAACCUUGGACGCACAGCCUAUGGUCCUGAAGGCCUUCCUGGGGGUGAUGGUUUACCUGGACCCCCAGGCCGUCCUGGACCUCCGGGCAGACCUGCACCCUUUGGACCUUUGCCAAGUGGCGUUACUGGAACUCCAGGUGUAAAAGGUGUCAGAGGGCCAACAGGAGAUAAAGGUGGCAAAGGGUUCAAAGGUGAAAUUGGAGAUUGUAAUUGCUUGGGUGGAGGAACCAUUGGAGCACAGGGUCCACCGGGGAAUCCAGGGUUUCCAGGUUUCCCUGGGGGAAAUGGACAGAAAGGAGACAUCGGUGACACAGGAACUUUAGGAUUCAAUGGACCACAAGGCCCACGUGGUCGUACUGGAGGAAGGGGCUAUACUGGUCGUAAAGGAGAAAAGGGGGAGCCUUUUUUCGCAGGUGGUUUUGUUCAAAAAGGUGAUAUGGGUGAGCCGGGGCCUCGUGGUCCUUCAGGUGAAAUCGGCAAACCUGGCAGAGAUGGAACAUAUGGUUUUCCAGGACAACCGGGACCACCGGGAGAUGCAGGUUUUGGAUUACCUGGAGACAGAGGUUUUCCUGGAUUUCCUGGAGGAAAAGGUCGUCCUGGUCUUGCCGGUGAGCCUGGCAUUGGCUAUGCAGGUGUUCCUGGUGUCCAGGGUUUGCCAGGUGACCCUGGCAUCAAUGGAAUUCCAGGACAACCUGGUCUUCCAGGGGCACGAGGUGAAAGCUGUGGGCAGGCGGGGCUUAAUGAGGCCUCUAUCGGAGAGGGAGGACAAACACUACCUUGCAUAAUUACUGGAGAAGUUGGAAGUCCAGGUUUCCCUGGACUGCCAGGAGUGCCAGGCCCUAAGGGUCAGCCUGGUCCAUCUGGAUUAAGUGGACGGCCAGGUUUUGAUGGAGUAAAGGGUGAAAGAGGAAGCCCAGGCAUUGGAGGUCAACCUGGACCACAAGGAUUCAUUGGACAAAGAGGGGACCCAGGUUUACCAGGUCUCACAAGCCCUGGAACACCAGGUGCUCCAGGGAAGGACGGUCGUCCUGGGUUUCCAGGAAGAAAAGGAGAACCUGGUGAGGCAUUAGGGACCACUCCAGGAACCCAAGGAUUUCCAGGCCAGCCUGGACUACCUGGUGACAAAGGUCAACAAGGCACUCCUGGAUUGCCAGGCGGCCCUGGUUUUGAUGGGCGCUUUGGUGUCCCAGGUUUGAAGGGUAUGCAAGGAGAUGCCGGUUUUCCAGGCCCGCAAGGACCACCAGGUCCACCAGGUUACGUUCCUCCCAGUGAUCCAGUUCGAGGGCCUCCUGGCCCUCCUGGAUUCCCCGGGCCUAGAGGUUUUCCUGGGCUGAAAGGUGAAAGAGGAGACCCAGGACGCUCUGUAAGUGGGAGUAAAGGCAACUCUGGACCUCGUGGAAUUCCUGGCCGGCAAGGAGAAGUGGGGCGAACUGGUUCACCAGGCCUAGGACAGAAUGGAAUACCAGGCAGACCAGGGACAAAAGGUCAGAAAGGUUUUCCCGGACUGUUGGGAUUCACUGGACUACCUGGGCGCCCAGGUGAUGGAGGACUGCCAGGAGGUAAAGGUCUUCCUGGAAUCCCAGGGCGGGAAGGUCGACCUGGAGAAAAUGGAAGGACCGGAACUAAAGGGGACCGUGGGGAGCCUGGCAGACCAGGACCCGCCCCACCACUCUUUCCAGAAGGUAUUCUGGACAAAGGUGAAAAGGGUAUUCCUGGAAUUACUGGUGUGCCAGGAUUCCCAGGACAAAGAGGUGACAAAGGAUUCCCAGGGUCGCCUGGUCGUCCGGGCCAACCAGGUCAGCCAGGGGAUCCUAUCCAAGCCAAGGGUCUCCCUGGUGAUCCAGGAUUCCCAGGCCGUCAAGGUCUUGCUGGCUUUUCUGGAAUUAAAGGGGCUGCUGGUGUUCUAGGAUUCCCUGGCAUGCCUGGACCCAAAGGUGAUAAUGGAGUUCCUGGUUUACCUGGGUUGCCCGGUAGCCCAGGCCAACCUGGAGUUAAAGGUCAGAAAGGGGACGCCACUGGAAUUCCUGGAGCCCCUGGAACAAAGGGAUUGGUGGGAAAUGCUGGAUUUCCUGGAGGUCCAGGUGCUUCUGGUGAACCAGGUGCUCCUGGUUUUAAUGGAAUUUCUGGGUUACCUGGGCAGAAGGGUCUACUAGGAGAUCCAGGAAGGCCAGGAUUCAGUGGUUUGCCAGGGCUUCCAGGCACCAUGGGUCUCCCUGGAUACCCAGGAGACAAGGGGCGCAGUGGUGAGUCAGGACGCCCUGGAUUUCCAGGCCGACCGGGAGAGAAAGGUUUACCUGGCUCCCCUGGUUUAGAUGGUCUCAAUGGACUUCAAGGACCCAAAGGUCAACAAGGAGUACCUGGGGUGACUGAAGGUGGUCGGACGGGAGCCCCUGGAAUGGAUGGUCUGAAAGGAGAAAGAGGCUCAUCACUUCCUGGACUACCAGGAUUUUCUGGAGCAAAGGGGGUCAGAGGACAGGAUGGUCUUCCUGGUCAGCCAGGAUUCCAGGGUCCUCCAGGCCCUCGUGGGCCCCCCAGUUCCUCUGGUAUCCCUGGUCCUGUAGGAGAUCCUGGUCUACCUGGACUGGAUGGAGGACAAGGUUUUUCUGGCCCCCCUGGUCCACCUGGUCCAGCAGGCCCAGGAACCAUCCAGGGUGACAGAGGAGAUGCCGGGAUCCCUGGAUUCUCUGGAACGCCUGGAAAACGUGGUGAACCUGGAUUUCCUGGAAGGUUUGGUUUGCCAGGAAACCCUGGAUUUAAAGGAAUGAAAGGUGACCCUGGGAAUAGUGGGAUACCAGGACCACAAGGCCCUGCUGGAGAUCCAGGACAGUAUGGUUACAAAGGACCAAAAGGAUCCCAAGGCAAGCGUGGAAGCCCAGGACUUCCAGGAAUUUUCUUGCCACCAGAAGAUGUGCAGAUUCCAAAUGGUGAUUUUGGUCCAGAAGGAUUUUCUGGUGGUCCUGGUCUGGCAGGAUCAGCAGGACAGCCUGGCUCACCUGGAUUUCCUGGCCCCAAAGGAAAGAUUGGAUCUCCAGGAAAGCCUGGUCGCAGUGGUCCUGCUGGAUCUCCGGGAAUUGUUGGAGACCCUGGGUCACCAGGAUUCCAAGGACUUACAGGUUACAAAGGUUUUCCUGGAAAACAGGGAUUACCAGGUCGACCUGGGCUGCCUGGGCGCAGCAUAGGGAUUGGCUACACUUUGGUGAAACACAGUCAGUCCUCUCAAGUGCCCAUGUGCCCUCAGGGAAUGGCCAAGCUGUGGGAGGGCUACAGCCUACUGUAUGUAGAGGGACAGGAGAAGGCCCAUAACCAGGAUUUAGGAUUGGCUGGUUCUUGUCUGCCUCGUUUCAGCACCAUCCCCUUCCUCUACUGCACCACCACCGAGCUGUGUUACUACGCGAGCCGCAACGACAAGUCCUACUGGCUGUCCACAACGGCCCCCAUUCCCAUGAUGCCGGUGGCGAAGCAGCAGAUCACUGAGUACAUAAGCCGCUGUUCAGUGUGUGAAGCCCCCUCUCAGGCAGUGGCCGUCCACAGCCAGGACACCAGCAUUCCCCCCUGCCCGAGCGGGUGGAGGAGCCUGUGGAUCGGAUACUCAUUCCUCAUGCACACGGCUGCAGGGGCAGAGGGAGGUGGUCAGUCUCUGGUAUCUCCUGGCUCCUGCUUGGAGGAUUUCCGUGCUACACCCUUCAUUGAAUGCAACGGAGCCCGUGGCACCUGCUUCUUCUUCAACAACAAGCACAGCUUCUGGCUGACCACGGUGGACCGAGACAGGCAGUUUGUGCAGGGUCCAGAGUCAGAGACACUGAAGGGAGAUCAGUACCGCACCCGCAUCAGCCGCUGCCAGGUCUGCAUGAAGAUUCUGUAGCCUGAGCAGCUGGAGAGUAGGACUUUUACAGAACGAGUGAGACAUGGAGACUGCAGAGAGAAGAGGAGGAGGAGAAGAAGAGUACAUCGGAGAGAUAGGAAAUAAACGCUGACUGAGUGGCUGACUUUAUUACUUUAUACAGCCCUGCUCUUGGGGCUUUUUCUACAAAAUCAUGAAGCCCCAGCUGAAAGGAGCUGGAGUUGGGAGAGGUAUUUUUUUCUUCUCCCUCAUUUAUCAACACUGGUGCUACAGAAAACAAAAUGUUUGUUUUAUUUUUAUUUUAAUUUCUCUUCAUUGUUUUCGUCUUAUAUAUUCACGGCUACCUCAGAGAGUGUGUCCCAAAUAUACAGUGGACAGCACUGAAACAUGUACAGACAUAUUUUACAUACUAACUCUUCUAAACCAAUGGUGCUAAUACCAUUUUUCCCUUGCUUACAUCUGGUUGUUACAUGUAUUUUAAGUACAUAUGCAUGAAUAUGCAAAAGAGAAUACAACAAAGACACAUUUAACAGAUUAAAAUCUUAUUGUUAUGCUCUUAUUCUGGAUCACGUUUGAAUCUGACCACUUUAUAAGGGUUCUAAUACACUAAGCAAGUGUUUUAUAAGUAUGUCUCUUUAAGCCAAUAUUUCCCAACCCUGGUUCUGGAGGCACCCUGCCUUGCCUAUUUUAGUGUUGACUUGCUCCCAACACACCUGAUCCAACUAAUUAAGCCAUUAUCAAUCCUUUUCAGAGUUUUAUGGAUGAUUUUAAGUCAGGCACAACAUGUAAGUAACAUAUGUAGAAGGGGAGUGUUCCUCUGGAGCCAGGGAUGGGAACACUCCUCUAAGCCAAACUCCUCCAUAUAUAAUGAAUGUGGUCCAUGACUCUGUAUAACUGUAUAAAUUUAGUGUUCAGGUAGAGACACAUUUAACUAAAUAGAUACAACCAGGUGUAAAUGAGGUCCUUAUUAUUGGUAUUUUUAUGCCACAACAUCUCUUUGGCAACUGGCCAAACAAGCACUUUUGGGAGUGAGAUUGUGCUUAGUGGUAAACAUGUGAAAUCACAAUUUUUCCUAAUUUCAUACCUGUAUACCCUUAAUAUAUUGCACUGAUGUUAAUAUCUGGGUAACAAACAAUGAUUCCAUUUGCUGCUGAUGUGUCAGACACACCAGUCACCCACUACAAACCGAGGAAAAUGGACAACUAUAGUUAAUCCACUCUCACUGUUUAUCUCUAACACGUGCCUUUCCGAAUCUUACUGUACCAAAUACAGUCAUUUAUUUUUUUAACUGGAAACAACAGACAGUCUCAGUCAAACACUGAACAACAAUAUCAAUGUUCAAUGCUAGAGUUUUGAGCAUUACAGUUUUCAUAUUCCUUGUCACCAUUAUUGCCUUAUAAUAACAACUGUUGUCCACACGUUCACAUCUAAGACUGAAAGUUUUUAGAGAAAUGUCUUUUUACUACUUUUUUUAACUAUUUUUCCAAUUUAGGUCAUAGUCUCUUAAAGAGGCAUUGUGAUAUGAAACCACUAUAGCCACUAAGCUUCUUAACCUCUCUUUGGUAGCCUUGAGUACAUGUGUUCCUAUUUUUGUAUUGUGUAAUUUUUGUAUGUAAACAGAUAGAUUGCAGUUUAGAUGCUUCAUCCUGUGUUCUGACCGGAAAGUGAUGUGGUAUUCUGCAAUACUUUGAUUGUUGUUUCUUGUACAUUUUAAUAAAAAAAAAGAAUAAAAUCUUUUAGAAUGUUUUAGUAUUUCUGUUUAUUUUUAAAGGAUUGUUUAUAAAGGCAUAUAUACAUCUAUACCUCUCUUAUAUAUUAUAACAGGAGUAUUUGUUUUUUUGUCUUACACUGAUGCCUUCUGAUGUACAAUUCCACAACUUAAAGAGGACUUUGUUUAUUUGUUUCACUGUUUUUCUUUCCUAAAUAUGUAAAAUAUAUGUACAAAUAUAUCACAUACCAGAUAGCACAUAUCUUGACAGAUGCAUUGCCAGUAUUACUGCAAAUGUUUCACCACAACGGUCCCAAAUUACAAUAAUAAUGUUUCCUAUUAAAUAAAGUAUUGAAACAGAAUUAUUGAAAAUGA